AUGUCCGCAGCCUGGCUCACAUCACCGGUCCAGCUGACAGGGAGUCGUGAUUUCACCUGUGAUGGCUUCACGACGGAAGAAUGCGACUAUUAUAUGCAGCGAUGGCAUUUUUGGUACGUCGCCGACUAUGUCUACGCUCUACCAACCAUCGCGUUCUUUAUGUGUUCAAUUGGGAUCUUCAUCAUCGGGUACUUUCUUUCCUCGAUACUGGGUUACCGGAGGAAAUUUCGUGGCCCUCAAAUAUGUCAGUUGAUCGCCUUCAUCCGAUACUUGUCCUACCGUGGCUUUCAUAUCCGGGCACUGGGAUGGAAUUCAGCUCCCUUGGGAGUUUUGUUACUGGGCGCAGCAGGGGCUGUCUAUUUCUGUUGCAUGGUACUCAUUCCCCAGCCUUACUACUGGUCCAGUCUGGAAUAUGGUAGUUCACCUCCCCUCGCGACCAGAUCGGGCUGGAUGGCGCUGGCGUGCAUGCCAUUUGUCUUCGCAACGGCCACCAAGACGAGUUGGAUCACCCUUCUCACCGGCGUCUCCCAUGAGAAGCUGCAAGUGUUUCACCGAUGGAUAUCCUACGGCUUCUUCGUUCUCGCGCUCUUGCAUACCUUCCCCUUCAUUGUCUUCCAUAUCCGAUUUCAUGACAUGGUCAUGCAUUUUGAAACGAGCCUUUUGUUCUACUGGACCGGAAUUGUGGCUAUCAUCUUCCAGGCAUGGCUUACCUUUGCGUCGCACAGUGUGAUUAGAAGACUGGGCUACGAAUUCUUCAAGGCGACACACUUCUCUGCUGCCGCCGUAUUCAUGCUAAUCUUCUUCUGGCACUGCGACUAUACUCUGACCUCCUGGCACUACUUUAUCGCGACAGCCGCGGUAUACGUCCCAUGCUUCCUCCACCCGUGGCUGCGGACGCUUUUCGAGUACGGAACGCGACAAAAGGCCCACCUCCACCUGGAGAGCAACGGCUUCAUCCGGAUCACAAUCCCCGCGGCCUUCCGGUGGCGGCCCGGCCAGCACUGCUUCCUCCGCUUCACGAACUUCGGACUGCUCCAUGCACUUUCAGCGCACCCGUUCACCAUCUGCUCCCUGCCCGCGGAAAAGCCCGGAGAAGAGUCCCGCCUUAUCUUCUACAUCCACCAUCAAGGCGGAUUCACGGCGCGUCUAUACGACUACGUCCUGGCGCACCCGGACGCCACUGUCUCGGUGCUCGUUGACGGCCCGUAUGGCGGGAUCAACAUGCCGUCCUACAGCCGCAGCGACAAUCUCCUGUUGAUUGCAGGAGGGUCGGGUCUUGGCUGGACCUUGCCGUUUAUCCAGCAAUUCCUCUCGUCGCGGUGCACGCCCAGGGACGUAGAAUGCGGCCACGAAGUAGACGUCGUGAGCGACGACGAUGCGAAAGCAGCAAGGCACAACAGCCCCCGCUCCCUACGGGUCAUCCUGGCAACCAGAGACCCCGACAGCCGCAUGUGGUUCGAUCAAGCCGUCAGGCGGCUGCGGGAGGAACUCGCCGUGCCCGGCACGGUGCUCAAUCUUCACAUCCAACUCCACCGCACCCGCGACGAGGCCGACCAGCAACCGACUCAGAGCCAACAGGCGCCCGUUGAGUGGAAAGAGCAGGGUCCCCGGCCCGCAAGCCGGGAUGGUCUACGUGAUCAAGCGAUGCGCACCAUGGUGGACUGCUACAAGGGCCGCCCACGCCUCCCUGGGAUCAUCCGCGAAGCGGUCCAGCCCGGCGAGUCGCUCGGGGUUUAUGUUUGUGGGCCCCUCUCGAUGCAGAGUGAUGUCCGCAAGGCGGUUGCCGACGAGAACGUGAAACUCUUGAAGGGGGGCCAGUCGGGGGGAGUUUAUCUGCAUUGCGAGCAUUUUCAAUGGGCGUAGUGGUAAGCAGAUGAAUUGUAGGGCC